CCCCGGCUGCUCCUCUUCUCGUAAGUAGCCGUCUGCAAGCAAAACGAUUGGGUCACCUCGUCAACUUUUGUCCAAUUCGAACGUGGAGUUUUGUCAGAGUUGACCGUUUGCUUCAUCGUUGGAGGCGAAAGGAAUCCCCACACGCAGCUAUGUUGAAUGAUGGACGGCCCCCCAGCCAAUCAGAGCCCACUGUGGGCGGGCCAAUGUAGUUCCGUCACGGCUUCCGAGCAGGGACUUCUCUACGGUCCUCGAACCGAUUUACAGCAUCUCACUCUGGGCGCGCCUUCCGAGCAGACACGCUCGUGUUCUCCACCUGGACCAACGUCACUGUGGACCCCUCACGGCGAUCAUCCGGCAGGUUCUGGCCCAGCCAUCACGCCCACCUACGCAGAUGGAACCCAGCAGAUAUCCCCAUCCUCGGAGUCUCGUUACGGACUGGACCCAGCGCUGCUUCCCAGCGCCGUUCAAGUGAUGGCGGACGACAGGGCUGAGUGGGAAGGGAAGGUUUUUGUCUCUGAGCCUUUCGGUUCACCGCCUCCUUUGGCAACCACUUCCUGCAUCAUGGAGGACAGAGGCAGUGCCAGCCCCCGUGCCAUCCGUUGUACCACAUACUGCUUCCCUCAGGACGGUCCUACCGCCCUACUGGUCCGCCUGCCCCUGGCCGCUCUUGUUACGCCUCUGGCCAGACCAGACCCACUGGAGAAGCGUCUGCCAGUGGUCAUGGAGGACACCUGCGUGUCUGGAUGUCGCUGGUGCAGAGCGUCCAUGUGUCCCGCCAUGAGCUGGCAAGACUGCGGGGAGAGAUUCCGCUGCCCAUUUUGUGAUAAGCUCACCGAAGUGCCGUGGCAACCCUACCAGCCUACAAACGGGGUGGAUGGCUCCCGACUUGAUUGGGAGCAGAGGCCUGAGCUCAACAUGGGCUCCUACGAAAUCCUCCAUGCCCUCAAGGGUGAAGCAGCGGUGCUGCUUCUCGCCAUUGAUGUGUCGACAGCUGCGCUGAGAAGUGGCUAUUUGCAAUUUGUAAUGCAACAAAUACACACUCUGCUUGCCUCGCUGCACAGAGAUGUCCACGUGGGCCUGCUGACAUACGACAGCAGAAUUCAGCUGUACGACCUCAGCCCUGCUCUGUCCCGCCCGCACAUGCUAGUCAUGGCGGAGAGGUCGGAGGAGCUGCAACUUCCUGUCAGGGAGGGGCUAGUGCUCCCUCUACGGGACUGCAUGGACAGCGUCGCCAGUUGUUUGGUCCUGUGUAGCGUGUUGCAGCACAUUCCCCAGUUAAGUCCAGAGUGUGACGACUCGGCCGUCAUCCCCGUGGAGCUUCCGGUUAAAGCGGGACUGACCAUCCUCCAGACGCUGGGCUGUCCCGGCAAGCUGCUGGUCUUCCACGCGUCUCCGCUCGUAGAAACGGACCAACCUUCCGCAGGCAUCUUCGGGGCCAGCAAGCCAAAAUCCAUCUUCCAGCCACCAGAGGGAGCCGUCUCAUUGGCUGAGGCUUGUGUUCGUCAGGGCUGUGGCAUUCACCUGUUUGUACUCUCCCCGCAAAAUGUGGGCGGGGCUUGGCCGGGCCACGUUCCCUAUCUGACGGGUGGCGCACUGUAUGCCUAUGACCACUUGCAGGGGGAUUGGGACCGGGAGCGCUUCUGCCGAAAUCUGAGGCGCAUAGUGGAAGCUGAUGUCGGCUACAAGGCAGAGCUUAGCCUGUUUGUUAGCAAAGGCAUGCGCGUUUCCGGCUGCUAUGGACUCUUUGUGCCCAAGCCGAGCCCCAGCCAGGUCACUAUGGCGAUGCUGGACUGGCAAACAACACUGGCAAUUGAAGUUGUGCACGACGCCGGUGUUCUGGACGAGAUGCGAGGUGUGGCCAUACAGGCUGUCUUGGCAUACACCACAGAAACAGGCGAGCGGAGAUCCAGGGUCCACACGGUGAUGAUGCGAUGCUCGCGCCACCUGCAGGACACUUUCCGCCAGUACCAGGCACAGACGCUGCUGGCUUUCUACUGCAAAAAGAUGUACUGUGUAGUUUUGGAGCGCCCCCUGCAAGAUCUACGUGAGGAGCUUCAGAGGGAUCUGACGGAGGCGUUGGCGUCCUACCGCCGUCACGGUUGCUCCGCUUCGGCGUGGGUUUCCUCAGGCCAGCUGGUUCUGCCUCGGGGUCUGCGAGCUCUGCCCGUCUAUGUCAACAGUCUGAGAAAGAGCGAUGUGCUGCUGCCUUGCCUGCGCACCUCUGUGCAUCGCCGGCUGAGGCUGCGCUGCCGGGUGCUCGGCUUGGACGCCGCAGCCUGCGCCAUGCACUUCUACCCCAUGCUGAUGCCUCUGCCACUGUCGCGCGCCGGAAAUGUGAAGGAGGAGGAGGAGGGGGCUCUGCGUUGUUCCGCCGCCAGCCUGCGUCCGGGUAGGAUGUAUUUGCUGCAUGCCCCCAACACCCUCCUGCUCUGGGUGGGCGCCUGCGUCCCAGCAUGCACUUUGGUGGAGCUCUUCAACGUGAGAUGCUUAAUGUCCCUGCCCUCUGGAGAGACCAAGCUGCCUGUACUUGACACGCCCUUGUCAGUCGCUGUUCGAUCCCUCGUCGACGCACUGGACUUGAAGGUCCCGUGCUUCCGCCAGUUGCUUCUGGUGAAGCAAGGCGACGCAGGUGAGGAGCUCCUGCAGCGCCACCUGGUGGAGGAUAAGAGUCCCAACGGCGGCGCGUCAUACGCCGACUUCCUCUACCACCUGCACGUCACCUCUGUGCGCUUACUGCACUGACCCACAAAGACAGAGUACAAACCUUUAUUGAACAUUGUCUAUAUUUAUUUUCAAUUCAUUAAUGGC